AUGUCGCUUCAAUUAGUUGAUAGAUUGACUCAAGAUCUCCGGAUCUCUUCUAUUGGUAGAUCCAUUGGACAUAUCAAAUCCCUAUUGACGGUUCUGCCUAAUAGACCCAUCACUUCGAUUCUAUUAUUGAUCAUAUUGAUAAUUCAAGCACCUUCAUUACCGUCAAUAUGGCAUUUAAGGAUAAUCAAAGUAGCUUUUAUACCUCGUUUGAUAUUCUGGUUCAAAGGUAAAAAAAACUACAUGAAAGAUUGGAAAGAAGGAAUGAAUACAUUUGGUGGUUUGGAUAAAUUGAUUAUGGAACAUGAUAGAAUAGCUUGGUUCGAUGAUUGUGAUUAUAGAUUACAUAUGAGUAACUCGUCAUACGCCAAAAAUUCCGAUUGUGUAGAAAUGGAUUUUUGCAUUCAAGCAUUCUCACCUAUCUUCUAUUCGGGCGUAUAUGUAGCGUUGGGUGCAUCGCAUUAUAAUUUCUUCAAGGAAAUUCCCGUCGCUUCGAAAUACAGUAUACAAGUUAGAUUUGGUGGAUGGGAUGAGAAGUGGAUAUAUCUUGUUACAGAAUAUGUCAUGUAUCCUUCCAAACAAAACUCAAAGACAAAAUCAAAAUCAAAAACAAAAUCGAAACCACUUGUGAACGGGAAUGAAAGCGCCAUUGAACCUAUCGAAGCUAUGAAAGGAGGCAUAUCAUCAUCUUCAUCAAUAAUACCGAAAAGUAAAGUAGAUGAAAUCAAACGAUCAUUGAUAGAUAGACCGAGAACAGAUGGCGGAGUAGUUUGCUGUAGAUCUAUAAGGGAAUGUUGUUUGAAAUCAGGAAGAAUCACCGUACCUCCUAGAAUCGGUUUAUGGUAUUCCCUUCAUCAUCAAUCCAAGGUCGAACAAGAUAGAGCUAAAUCAAUCAUCCUAUCCAAGAAAAAGGAUGAUGGUUUCAAAUUCUUGAAGGGAGGAUGGAAAAAUGAAAUUGACGCAGAUACACUUGGAUCGGAUAUCGGAUUUGAGAAUGAAAAUAAUGAUUGGGUAAAGAACGGUAGAGAUGGUAUGAUCCAAGUGUAUAAUGGUAUGAGCAAGUUUUGA